GUUACCACUAAAGAAGUUGCUGCCUCAAAGUCUGAGAAAGAGCCAGAAGAAAAUGUCCCAGUGAAAACCCCACUGAAGAGAAAGUCCACAAGCCUAAGCUCAGUUUCCAGCACGUCAUCAACGGUGACAGGAGAAAAGUCUGCCCUCAAACGCACCAAAACCGAACCAGCCACACCUUCAGCAGCUAAAUCCUUCAGUCAGCUCAUGGAAGGAGUUGUCUUUGUACUCAGUGGCUUCCAGAACCCCUACAGAAGUCAGCUGCGGGACCAGGCUCUGGAGAUGGGAGCCAAAUAUCGGCCUGACUGGGGCAGAGGCUGCACACAUCUGGUCUGUGCUUUCCCCAAUACACCCAAAUACCAGCAAGUUGCUGGCAAGGGAAAGAUAGUCACCAAGGCAUGGAUUAUAGACUGCUACAAGAACAAGAAACUGUUGCCGUGGCGCAAUUACCGUUUGGGAGAUGCUGACUCGCCAGAUGAAAGCAGUGAUGAAGAGAAAGUCAGCAGCCAGCCAAAGAGGCAGGAUAAGAAGGCAACUCCCCAGGCUUCACCAGCACAGAGCACCUCAUCUCAUAAAGAGACAAAACCUCCUAUUAAAACAGCCGUGACCUAUGAUGACAGUGAUUCAGGAGGUGACACAGAGGAUGAGCUUCGCAAGAUUGACGAGAAAGAGGAAAGAGAUAAAGCCAAAGAAAAUAUUUCUGCAACAACAGAGGAUGACCCUUACGGAAAUUCCACAGACGAGGAUGAUCUGCAGUUGUCUAAACCCGCAUCCAUGAACAGCGUUAAUCAGGGUGACGGAUCAGAUUCUGGAUUGCCAGACCUUCCAGAUUUUUUCAGUGACAAACAUUUUUUCUUCUAUGGAGACUUAGACCCAGGAGAGCAGAGAUUGUUGACGAGGUACAUCGCAGCCUACAAUGGUGAGGUGGAGGAUUACAUGAGCAAGAAAGUCAACUUUGUUGUCACCACACAGAAGUGGGAUGACAACUUUCACCAGGCAGUCACAGAAAACCCACAGUUGAUAUUUGUCAAACCUACCUGGAUCAAGGUGUGCCAUGAAAGCGACAAACUCCAGCCUUACCAGCCUCAUAUUGUGGUGCCUUAA